GGAAGUCUAAAGUCAGCUGAUAUUCGUGUGGUCCAGCUGGAACUUGUUUGCCGAAAGCUCGCUUAAAUUUGAAACGUUUAUUAUUACUUUAUCGUACUUUUCCUUUAAAUUAUGUUGCGUCCUAAAGCACUAACACAAGUACUCAGUCAAGCAAACACAAGUGGCGUACAAAGCACAUUAUUAUUGAAUAAUGAAGGCUCCCUGCUGGCCUACUCUGGAUAUGGAGACACUGAUGCGAGAGUCACUGCAGCUAUUGCCAGCAACAUCUGGGCGGCCUAUGACAAAAACGGACAUCAGGCCUUUAAUGAGGACAAACUGAAAUUAAUUCUGAUGGAUUGUAUGGAGGGCAGGGUGGCCAUUACCCGUGUUGCGAACUUGUUGCUUUGUAUGUAUGCCAAAGAGACUGUAGGAUUUGGAAUGCUUAAAGCCAAGGCUGAAGCCCUAGUGCAGUACCUUGAAGAACCACUAACACAAGUGGCAGCAUCAUAGGGUUGUGUUGUUGUGGUUUUGUUUUUUUAUGCUUAUGGCAGUAUUUGUGUAUAUUAAAUCCCAGUUGCACAUAUUGAGCAAGAACUUGCCUUUUAUUAUGUGGAAAAAUAUAAUCUAUGCCUUUUAUUUAUUUUCACACU